GUUUUACAUCUUCAAUUCACUUGAAUUUCACGACAUUUUACUGAAGUUAAACAUUAAAGAUGGGGAAAUCCUCUAAGGACAAGCGGGACGCCUACUAUAGGCUUGCUAAGGAACAAGGAUGGAGAGCAAGGAGCGCUUUCAAGCUCUUACAGCUUGAUGAAGAAUUUGACCUAUUCGCCAAUGUCACUCGCGUAGUAGAUUUAUGUGCUGCUCCAGGAAGUUGGUCUCAAGUUCUCUCCAGAGUGUUGAUCAAGGGGGAGAAGUUCGGCAGAGCAGCCUGGCAAGACCGUGAUGCGAAAUUUAGACAGCAGAUGUUGGGGUUAUUUAAUCCCAACUCUGAUGCUAGCGAAUUGGAAUCCCUGGCACCGACGCCGUCGCCCAUUGAAUUGAAGCCACGGCAGGACGUGAAAAUAGUUUCAAUCGAUUUACAGCCUAUCAGUCCGUUGCCCGGGAUCGUCACGCUCCGAGCUGACAUUACCCACCCAGCCACGGUUCCACUACUUCUAAAGGCGUUGGAUCCAGAAUAUAAUUCCAGAACCAAAUCUCAGCAAGCCGCCCACCCUGUCGACCUCGUACUCAGUGACGGCGCGCCCGAUGUAACCGGAUUACAUGACCUAGAUAUCUAUGUACAAUCUCAGCUUCUUUUUGCAGCCUUGAAUCUGGCAUUAUGCGUUUUGAAGCCUGGUGGCAAGUUCGUUGCCAAGAUUUUUAGGGGCAAAAACGUGGAUGUCUUAUACGCUCAGCUCAAGAUAUUCUUCGAAGAGGUCCAUGUCGCAAAACCGAGAUCCUCGCGUGCCAGCAGUGUUGAGGCGUUCAUCGUAUGCCUGAAUUUCCAGCCACCCAAGGGAUUCUCAGCAAGCCUCGAAGAACCAUUAGGAGUUGGCUUCCGCUUAUCAAAUAUGACGGAGCACAACUCCGAAAGUUUACCCAUCACGGCUGCCACCAUAUUACAAAAUCCAGAAACAGGGGCGUGGAAUAGCUCUCCGGACGUUAUUCAAACUACAGAUCAAGACGGAAUUACCGAAAUACAACUAGAGGAUCUCCAUCAAAAACAAGAAAACGAUGUGAGAUGGAUUGCGCCUUUUAUUGCCUGUGGAGAUUUAUCCGCAUUCGAUUCCGAUGCUUCCUAUCGGCUACCACCAAACCAUGUAUCCCUCGACCCAGUACAGCCUCCAACAGCACCACCUUACAAGCGGGCAAUCGAAAUGAGGAAAGCAUUUGGCGGAGCUUAUGGAAAGACGACUAAGGACUAAAAAAGGGAUUAUAACAGACAGCGUUAGACAUUUUUCGAGCGAGGUGAUGCGGGUCCUUCAAUUAAUCCAAUGGUGAUACCUGUCGUGUUGCACUCAUUCCAGUCUUUGGCCCCGAGGUAUUUACUAUAGAGCUGCAUCUUAUCGCUGGUCAAUAACAUGAACCGUCGCAGAUGAGC